AUGGCUCACACCGCCGCCGAACAGGAGGCCUCCGCUGCCUCGGUCAAGCCCAUUCUCUGGGCGCGCCUUUCCGUCAAUCAUACCAAGAAGACCUGCGCAAUCUCGUGCGCCGUCCCCAUAGUCGCACUGGUCAUCGUAAUCUUUGCCACCUCACUCUCCAUUGAUGACCCCUCCGAAAGGGACUUUCUCGUCCGCGAUGACAUUCGCAGUAUCCGCGAGGACGGCAGGCGCGCCGCACGUGAACGAUAUCCGUAUAGAGGGAGGGGCGCCCCGCCAGAUGAUACGGCCGUGUCCAGAGGGGAGUCAAGCUUUUACCAUGACCUCGCCAUUUUGUUUCGGGGAAGGGUGGGCAAGGACGGACCGGUCGGUAUCUUUGAUGACACACAAAGUCAAGCCACCAACUUGCUCACUAAGGAAGGUCUCGCCCUUAUGAAGAAAGCAGAGGACGUCUUGUGGAUGGAUCCCGAGCUUGGGCAGUUUUGCCUCAAUGACCCUUCUGCGAGAGAUUGUGACGGGAACCCUCUCAAGUGUGUCCUCCCAAAAAGUGUCCUCAUGAGUGAGCAUUUAUAUGGUCGCUGGACAGGAGAGGGCGAGGAGAGGAGGCUCUGCGGAAGAAAAGAAGGCAAUCAACAAGUUUCCGAUGUCGCAUUUGACGACUUCAUCGAUAGUCUUGUCGAAAGAGACCAGGACGGAAACCUUUUCGUUAAACCUUUGUUUUCAAGCUAUAUUGGCACCGACUUCACUCCAGACAAUCGGGAAUCCUGGGUCGCCCAUAGCUACUUCCCUAUCGGCGUCCCUUUCGAAGGGUUUGCCACCGAGGACGACCGCUCAGCCGAACAAGACAAAGCGUACGACACUUGGGCCUCCGCUGCCGCCGAACUUGCGGAAGGUUUCACCACCGAGGACGUUGACGUCUUUCUUGCGAGUUCCGCAUUGGUCAAUGGGUCCUUCAAUUCCAUCAUCGUCCGCGAUUUAUCCUUCUCCAUCGCCGCCAUCGUCAUGGUCUUCUUCGUCAUCUGGUUCCAUACUAGCAGUGCAUUCCUCGCCUCCUCGGCCAUGCUCCAGAUUUUCCUCGCCUUUCCGUUCUCCUAUUUCUUUUACAGAGUCGUUUUCCGCCAAAAUUAUUUUGCAGCGUUACAGAUUUUGGUCAUCUUUCUCAUCCUUGGCAUCGGGGCUGAUGAUGUAUUCGUCUUUACGGAUGCAUGGAGGCAGUCUGUAGUCGUCUUGGGGUCUCAAUGUGACCUUGUCACGCGCAUGAGUUGGACGUACAGGCGCGCCGCCAAGGCCAUGAGCGUCACUUCCAUCACAACAGCUGCUGCUUUCUUCGUCACGGCCAGCUCUCCCAUCAUGCCCAUUGGCACACUGGGAGUGUGGGCGGGUACCCUUGUUCUCUUGCAGUUCUUGCUCGUCAUCACCAUCUACCCAUGCUCAGUCGUUAUAUGGUAUCGGUUUUGGAGAGCGAGACCUAUUACAAACUGUUUUCGAAGGGCAGUUGAGAAUUCUGAAAGCGCUCCUCGAGUACCCCUGUGGCACCGAUGUUUGCCCUUAAAGUGGCGACCAGCCGCGGAAGCAAACGGCGUUGAUGAGUAUCGCUCGAUUGAAAAGCUGUUUCGAGGCAAGUGGACCAACGCUGUAAAUCGCUUUCGCUUCAUACUCCUUGGCGUUGCGGUUGUCUUGGUGGCUGUUUCUUUAUACCUGGCCACCAGACUCCAACCACCGAGUGAAAAUGAAGAAUUUCUCCCAGAAUCAAAUCCGUUGCGCGUUGCAGUGAUAACGUUAGAUCGAGCCUUUCCACGGUCGGAGGCUGCACUACAGCUUGAGGUGAGGAUCACUUGGGGAAUAGUGGGCACAGACCGAACAGGCACGAGCAAAUUUGAUCCAGCCGACACUGGAACGCCCAUUCUCGACGAGAAGUUUGACCUGAAAAACGAAGCAGGACAACGACACCUCCUUAAUGCAUGCAUUUUUUUCCGAAGCAAGAAGAACUUGCUGUUCCAAGAAGAGACCAUUGAUGCAGAUGACAGAAUCCAAUGUUGGAUAGAGAAAUACAAGACCUGGAGAGAAGAUAUGGGCAACGGCAACUUCGAGACGUUUAGCACGGAAGCAGCCCUCAUUGAAGACAUUAUUGCUUUUGGCAACCACGAAACUGAUGGUGGGAAACCCAAUCUUCCGUAUCUGACGAACCAGCAUAUUGCUUUUAACGACGAGUUGAACCGUAUCGUCUUUACCGAGCUCCGUUUUCUAUCUCCGGUGGAGGCCGCUGAGCCUUACAAAGUCAUGUUUCCUGUUUACGAGGAAUGGCAGAGGGAACUAGAUGCUUUCAACGACCAAACUCCGGGCGCAAUCAAAGACAGUGUUGGAAAUGCGAUAGCCACUGGUGGGUACUCGUGGACGUACAUGAUUACCCAGAGAACGCUUGUGCGAACAAUGUUUGUUGGUAUCGCAGUCAUGCUUGCUGUAGCUUUAGUGGCACUGUGCAUAUCCACGGCGAACUGGGCCAUUGCCAUAGUCGCCACAGCGACAAUCAGUGGAAUCGUGGCAAUGCUUCUUGGCCUCAUCAGCUUGUAUGGGUGGGAACUAGGAAUCACAGAGUCAAUCGGCGUAGUCAUCGCCAUUGGGUACAGUUUUGAUGGAGCAGCACACAUCGCUACUGCUUACAUAGAGUCAAGAAAUGUGCAACGUUUUGAGAGAACGAGGGAUGCACUCACUGAUCUGGGUAUUUCGGUUCUGUUUGGAGCGUUAACGACGUUCUUAGCGGGGUGCAUGCUUUUCCCUGCCAUUAUCGUUUUCUUCUUCAAGUUUGCAGGCCUGAUUGUUUCUACGAUCGCCUUGAGUCUUCUCUGGUCUCUCGUAUUUCUACCAUCCAUGCUAUUAGUCCUCGGUCCCACUGGGGACUUUGGGUCGUUUAAGGCUUUCUACCGAAAGCUUCGCUCACGCUCACUGAAGAAGCAGAUCACGGAGUCAGAAGAACCCCAUGCUUCCCCGAAGGAAAUUUUCGCAGAUGAAGCGCAAGAUGGAGGCUUUGCUGAGUCAAACAGCAACAAGGAUGACGCAGUGCAUCAUAAAAACACGGCGGGCGUGACUCUGUCAUAG